CUUUAACACUUAGCCUUCAACUGAGCUCCCCUCCAGCCCCAAGCCAGGAGCAGCUCUCACUACCGGGAGAGGCACGGAGCACUCGAGCUAUUUCAGCCACAUGAAAAGCGUUGGAAUUGAGAUCGCAGCUCAGAGGACACCGGCCAUCCCUUCCAUCCUCCAAGGAGCUUUGUUUUCUUGCACCUGGCUGCCUGGGUCUGGCCUUAGGCAGUAAAUAAAUACACCAAGCAGGGAUAAGACCGCGUGAAUAUGUCGAAACAACCAGUUUCCAAUGUCAGAGCCAUCCAGGCAAAUAUCAAUAUUCCCAUGGGAGCCUUUCGGCCAGGAGCUGGGCAACCCCCCAGAAGAAAAGAAUGUACUCCUGAAUUGGAGGAGGGUGCUCCUCCUGCCUCAGAUGAGGAGAAGAAGCCAAUUCCAGGAGCAAAGAAACUUCCAGGACCUGCGGUCAACCUAUCGGAGAUCCAGAAUAUUAAAAGUGAACUGAAAUAUGUUCCCAAAGCUGAACAGUAGUUGGAAUAAAAAAGGUUUGAUGUGAAGAAUUAAAGAGAAAAAAUGGAUUCAAAUGAAUAUAGCUCACUAAAAAUUUUAUAUAUUUGUAUGAAGAUCACGAGCCCCUGGAAUGCCGAAGACUAGCAGAAAUGGCCCGUUUUUACAUUUGUAUCUCUUUCUUUUAGUUGGCUGCAUUUCUCAUUUUAAUUUAUCUUCAUUUUUGGUACCUUGCAGAGCAAGUCAGCCCAUGAGUUCACCACCUGGAGGGUAUAGGCUUGAGGAACGUGAUUUCAUGGAGAGGGAUUUGGCAAUUUGCAUAACCAUCAUUUUGAUGAAAAGUUCUCUAAGCUACUUCCCACAGUAUUUUGGUCAAUAUUUGGAUUGCAUUUUGGUUCUUCACCUAUUAAAUCAUGUCAAUAAACUUUUUAUGAGUUCAAAUAAAUA